AUGGCUCUCAAGCUUGGAAAAUGCAGGCUCUGCCUCAAGCUUGGCGACUUUUACUCCAUCUUCACUGUCGACAAUGCUUUGCAGCUUGCGGAGAUGGCAAUGGAAUGCGCCCGGGUGAAAAUUUAUGAAGGAGAUGGGCUCCCUGACAAAGUAUGUUCAGAGUGCAUACAGAAACUAAGCAGUGCAUACAUCUUCAAACAGCAGUGUGAAAGAUCUGAUCAGGAGUUACGCCGCAACUAUGUCCCACCACCAGGAUUUAGCAUCAGUCCCCCACCACCUAACAGACAGAGCAGUGAUUCUGCUUUUUCAAAUCACACUGACACUUCCAACCUGACCAAACCUCCGUCUUCCAUUGAAGAAAAAGUAACUCCUACUAUUAGAAACAGGAAACGUAGCGUGGAUAGUAUCGACAACGGUUCCAUUGGCGGCGCGUCCAGUGACUACCGACCCGGUAGCUCCAAACGUGUCGACGAACUAAGGAGGACCCAAAAAAGAAGAAAACAGUCUGGCAAUGCUUCACAAUUAGAUUCAGAUUACGAUGACAACAGCGCCUCGUACUUACCCGAAACAGAUUCCGACGAUUCCUCUCAAAAAAACAGCUUUAAGUGUGAUUACUGUCCCAAACAAUUUCCGUCUCCUAGGAGUCUCAUAAAUCAUAAGAGAAUACAUGAAAAGAAAGAAACUUUGGGCCAAAACGCUGUCGUUAAUAUACCAGUAGAGACACAGGAUGCAGCUGAUGUAGAGGACAAACUGAACUGCGAUAAAUGUGGAAAGACCUUCAAGUUAAAGAUCAUGUUGAAGCGUCACGUAGACAUUUGUGGGAACACAGCGAGUCGAGCUAAAUCUCCGCAGAAAGAGUUACUGGUCUCCCUACAACCAAUCGACGGUAUGGCAAACCGCAACAUUAUUUGCGAAAUAUGCUCUGCCAAGUUCAAGACCACUGACAACUUGGCAAAACAUAUGAAGGUAGUCCAUGCUGCAGUUUUGAAAAGGGAAGAAAAGCAAAGGGAAAAAGUCGCAGUGCCAUGUCUUUACUGCAGCCAACUCUUUGAUGAUUAUUAUGUUCAUUCUGCACAUUUCAAUUCGUGUUCUAAGAAGGAUGAUACUAAACCAUACGAAUGUCCUGUUUGUAAGAAAGUGGCGACAAGAAAGACCUCGUAUUUCCAACAUAUAAAGAACAUGCACUUUGAACCUAGAAUGUUGCACGCGAAGACCUCAGUGGAGCCAGAAGCUCAGGAGUGUCAUGAGUGCAGGAUGUGCUCCAAGAAGCUACCUUCACAAGAGAUGUUAAUUCAACAUUUAGCGGCGCAUAUGUCGCAUAUCGAUGAGAAUGAUGGCGCUGACAAUGAAUCGAGAGCAAGCACAAUUGAAGAUACUAUGUCUGUUCAUUCACUACCCAGCCAUGCGCAUACUCCUACUAACUCACUUAAAUGUUCGAUGUGUGAUAAAGAGUUCAAAUACAAGAAAUCUCUAAUGUCUCAUGAAGCACGAUGUCAUUCUGAGGUACCAGUGGAGGUGAAGAUAGAAGUACCUGAAAAGGCAUCCACGAGCCUCUUGAGUGAGACAGUCUACCGUCAGACUGAGUCAGAAUCUAGUCAAGAAGAGGACGACAAUACAUGUGAUAUCUGCGAGAAACAGUUCUCGUAUCGACGACUGCUGCUACAUCACAAAAGGACGAAACACAACAUGAGCUCGGGUCAUAAGCGUGCCAAAAUCUACCUCAAGGACUGCUCCGUGCGAUGUCUUAUUUGCGACCUCGACAUGAAGGUCGGCGAUAUCAACGCGCAUAAUCGAACCCACAUAUCAAAGAACAUGAAGCCUCGUAAUUUAUACACGUGCGCUGAAUGCGAGGACACUUUCAAGAGCUGUUCAGCCCUAGCAAAUCAUAUAAAACUAAUUCACAGACUAAAACAGCAGCCUAUAGAGAAAGAGUCAGUAAAUCCUUCGGAUUUUUGUGAAGUCGUUGUGGCAAAAGCGGAACCCCUGGACUGGAUCCAGAGUCACAACGACUUUGGUGAGGUUCCGGGCGCAGAGAACAAGCCGCUGGUUGACCUUAGCGGCUUUACGUGUCCCAUAUGUGCCAAGAAGAUGCCCACACUGAUAUCUUUGAAAAGGCAUGUGAACUGGCACUCGAGUGUCGGCAAUAAUAUUCAGAAAAAGUACGAGUGCGCUGUUUGUAACGAGUCAUUCAGGUUCCAGUGCCACUACAAGAUCCACAUGCGCGAGCACUACCACGAUACAAACCUGGACCCGAAGCACUUGACGUGCAACAUUUGCGGGCGACGCAGCAAGCACCUGCGGGCCGCGCAGGCGCACAUGACUUACCACAAGCAGAUGCGCUUCCAGAACAAGGACUAUCAGUGCUCCAUCUGCGAGCGAGUCUUCCAGUUCAGGAAAGUAUACCUAUCUCACAUGGCCAUACAUUAUAAGAAAGGCGACAGCGCCCAGAACACCAUAGUAGGCGACGCCUUACCUAGCACCGUUGACAAAAACGUGUUCGACGGUUCCCACACCUGCCACCACUGCGGCAAAGUGUGCGACUCUGAAGUCUCACUGAAACAUCACUUGAUCUGGCACACUUCCAAAACGUUCCUGUAUGGCGCUCGACACGAGUGCAGUAUCUGCAAGGUGAAGUUUACAAACAAAAGAAGGUUAGACCUACACAUCCGAUCUCACUACGAAGAUGAUAAUGGUCCUUUCAAGUGUACUAUCUGCGGAAAAGGCUACACGCAUGAAGGCUACUUCCAAAAACACGUGAAAGGGCAUAACUUUGAUCACCAGUCGCACAAAAAACGAAUAGAAAAAAUCCGAAAGGACAAAGUGAAAUGUCCAAUAUGUACGCGGUAUUACCCAGACUUGGUAAAACUUAUCCGCCACUUGAGGCGGACGCACCCUGAAAGUAAAAUGAUCAAACCCGACCCCGACGCUCCGUCACCACUUUACUAUUCUUGCAAAUUGUGCGCCAAAGUAUUCUUAGAUGAACGACGAUUACAAUCUCACGAGGAAGCUCACUUGAGAAAGCCCGAAUUCUUUAAAUGUAAGUUCUGUGGAAAGAAAACUAUAUCGCUUAGAAAUCACCAUCUCCACAUAAAGAGCCACUUGGCCCAGAAGCAUUUAGAUAACCCGCUCAAGUGUCCGCACUGUGACGAGACGUUCGUGAAGGGUUACGGGCUUCAUCACCACUUGCGCGACGUGCACAGUAUCAUAGAGAAUUGGAUCGCAGACCGCACUGAACUGCCGCUGACAGGGCCGCUCAAAGACCUUCAAUGCUCCAUAUGUAUGAAAGUGCUUGCUAGUAAGGGAAAUUACGAGCGGCACAUUGACUACCAUAACUCGUUAAGAUGUAACUACUGCUUUGAUUACUUCAGCUCUCUCCGAUUCUUGGAGGGACAUCUCACGUUCUCGUGCGAAAAGAAAAAGCUUUUAGGUGAUACUGAGGUUUACCCAAAGAAAGUAAAAUGCCACAUCUGUUACAAAGCAUUCCAUGUACAAGUGAAGUUAGACUGUCACUUGCGCACGCAGCACGGUAUUGUAGUAAAGAGGGAAAUGUCUGCUGGCAAGCAAGAGAUCGUGUGUGAUUAUUGCUUUAGAGUUUUCGAAAAUGAGUACGCUCUAGGCACCCACAAGAUAUACCAUCGAACUGUUGGAUACUACGGUUGUAUAUACUGCCCGAGGAAGUUUAGCACGAUGGUGAUGUAUCGGAAGCAUAAGAAUCACCAUCUCUAUCAGCUUAAUGUGGACAAUCCAACGAAAUGUGAACACUGCGACGAGACAUUUGUAGCUUUCAAGGAAAUGAUAAACCACAUGAAAGAGGUACACGGUGACGAUAAGGACUGGGUGAUAGAACCCAAGGAGUCUAUCGAAGAAACCUGUCACAUCUGCAACAAGAGAUUCUACAACCUGCACAAACAUUUGGCUUACCAUGAAGAAAAUAGGUGCAAGAAAUGCAAUGAAUAUUUCUACUCGAGAGGGGAUUUCGAUAAUCAUCUAUGUGCCAUUGAAAGUGAUGACGAAGGCACAGGAUACGUAGGCAACAAAGAGACAUUCCAGUAUGAAGAAUGCAAAUUCUGCUUUAAACCUGUAACCAAGAAAAGUACUAAACGAUUGCACAACCAGAUACACAAGGGGUCAGGCUCGAUAUCUUGUAGGUUCUGUCCACUGAAGUUCAAAACCAUGGACGCUUUUAAUAUACAUGCUUUCUCUCAUCGAAGUAGAAAAUAUAAUAAGAAACCUAUUAAGUGUCGAAAAUGUGGCGAGAAGUUUGUUAAAUAUGGGCCGUUCAUGAAACACAUGAAACUAGUUCAUAAGACUGUGAAGAAGCUUCACUACAGAACGGUAGUGAAGCCAGAGAAAUGUGUGGUUUGUGGGGAAGAUUUUCCGAACUUACACAAUCAUUACCGCGCGCACUUGCUGAAUCAGUGCCAAGGGUGUCUCAAAUACUUUACGUCGUACAAAGUUAUAUCUGCACACGAAUGCAAUAAAGAGGACAUAGACCCGUCGAAGGUAUUCACAUGUGACGCUAACUUGACUCAGCUGAUAAAUACAUACGUUCCUAAGGACGAGAAAGAUGAUGAGAAGUAUUACGGUCAUACUGACGACGAAGAGGAUGAAGUACUACAAUCGCUCGGAGAGGAAGAAGAAAGCCAGGAAAGUAAAAACAUCCCAAUGAUUCAGUCGCCUAUAAUAUCAGAUGUCCUAUCGCUUUACAACAAGGAGGCGGAGACAAUGGACAGCAUCGACAGUGCGGACGACACUAAUGCUAAUGUGGUGAACCUAUCGGAUGAUGACGGAGUUAGUGUUGAUGACACUCUUAUUCCAGUCAUUGUUGUUUUAGAUGAAGACUAG